UGAUUUUUACUAACCUUUACCUCCCCACAAACCCUCUCUCGCGCCGUCUCUCUCUCAGUGGCUAUUGGUCCGACUUCACUCUCUUCAUUUGGCAGGGAAAAUUUAAAAAACAAUGUCCGACUAUCUCCCUGACGUUGUUAUCUUCGAAAUCCUCUCACGGCUUCCGGUGAAGUCGCUCAUCAGAUUCAGGUCCGUUUCUAAGACCUGGUUUUCUUUAAUCACAAGCCAUGACUUCAUCGCAAUGCACCUCAAUCGGACUCUCUCAAACACCAAAGACCCACCCUACCUUCUCUUUCGUCAUUACGAUGAAAAAAUGGAGAAAGAGCACUUCGCUCUGCUCUCUUCCAAUGACCCAUUCCCUCGCAACCAUUUUUCCAAACACCUACACUGCAAGCUGAACCUGAGUGUCAGCAACAGCGACCCAAACCCAGGCCCUCCCAAUCGGCUUGUUCUAAAGAAACAAAUGAAAGAGAGAGGCUUUUUCGCAUAUCCAUCAGAUUUCAUUGAAUUGCAUUUUCCAUUCAAGUACUUGGAAAAGGAAUUCAUUGACAUUGUUGGUUCAUCGAACGGCAUUGUUUGUCUACUGGAUGCUACUCCCAGUAACACCGACUAUGACAUUGUUCCAAUUCUCUGGAACCCUUCUAUUCGUAAAGCAAUAUACCUUCCGAGACCUGCCGUGAAAUUCCCAUUUUCCUAUUUGCCUAUGGAGCAUGAUGGGUUCGGCUAUGACCCCAUUACCGACGAUUACAAAUUAGUGAGAAUUGUUUACCUUUAUGGUUGGGGUAAUCAACAUACUAGGGAAAAUAUUUCACCUUUGAUUCACAUUUUUUCGCUUCGCACUGGUGUGUGGCGUACUAUUCCCGACCCUGGUUCUCAGUUUCAUAUUGUACAGCAGUCUGACUCGGUGUUUGUGAAUGGCUCCGUCCACUGGCUCGCGGAAACUGAAAAAAAUAUCAGACUUUAUUCCGAUGAUUCCGAUGAUGAUGAUACGUUUCGCAAUGGGAUCUUCACAUUCGAUAUCGGGGAUGAGAUUUUUCAUGAAAUGGCAGUGCCUAAGUGUGUAGAAUUAGUGUAUGAUUUGAACAUGAAUCUCGCGGUGCUUGGUGGGUCGCUUGCGCUUAUCCCGUGCAACAGAUGGAAUUUAGGAGUAGAGCAGUACUCAGUGUGGGUGAUGAAAGAGUAUGGAGUAGCAGAAUCUUGGACUAAGAUGUUUGAUAUUGAUGUUGGGGAAGGAUUAGGGAGGGUGGUCGGUUUUACAAACAAUGGUCAAGCUCUAGUGACCAAGGAUGGAAAGUUGCUGUUUUACAAUCCCAGUAGCCGAAGGACUUUGAAUCCUCACAUCCAUGCCCAACCAGCUUCGCUUUAUUUGGAUACUUAUAUGGAUAGCCUUGUUCUACUAAAUGUGGAAGAUGGUGCUUUGGGAAGGCAGGAGGAUUCGUCUAGUGCUAGUAAGGACAAAGAUUAACAGGAAGUAAAAGGUUGGGGUCAGUUUUAAGAAAGCAGGAAAAGGGUUCGGGUGGAGGUGAGUCCACACUUGUUAUGUUUUCACGCUCUUGAAUCAUUUGUGUUGAAAUUUUCCCUAAAAAUUAGAUUAAGAGCUAUGUGGUAUACCUGGCCGCCUGGGGAUACUGUGGCAAAAAUAUAGUGUUUUUAUCAAAUGCCUCCCCCCCACCCCUUUUUUUCACUGGACUUUGAUUAGUUGAUUCUUUUCUGAUUGAGACGUAUCAGUCAAUGGCUUUAUGUGUCUAUAUAGAUCCUGUUCAUGGAUUAAUGAAAAUUUGCAGAAGCUCAAUUUACCAUGGUUAAGUCAUAAUACUAUAUGAAAGAAAAUUGUCGUGCUGCUAUUUCUUAUGAAUCCAUGACUUCACCCUCCUCCUAGCACUUGUAAGAGGAAGUGCCACUUGAGCUAGAGCCCAUUGGCAAAUUGCAGGGGUAGUUUUGCUCAAGCUUAGUUUGUAUUAUGUGAAAAAUGAAAAAGACUAUAAAAUGUAAAACUUCCACUAUGUUACACACAUAUGCUAUUGUUCUAUUUCCAUCUAGUAGUUCAUUCUGUAGCCUUUUUUUUUUUAUUUGAGUAAAGAUUAGAUGCGUAACACAUGCAUUAACUUGGGGCUACGGUGGACACCAUGAUGUAGAAUAUUUAGAAACUAAUUAGGAUUCUUGAUGAGAUAUAAUGCACGCUAUCAUUCAACAUGCUUUAGACUUCUAUUAUUGUGCAUGUGAUAUUAAUUCUCUUCACACCAUUAUUAGAGAUCACUUUGGCCAUUGGAUAAUAAAUUUUUCUAUAAAUUUAGGACAUUCAACUUGCAUUAUUGCGGAAUUAGGGCAGUUAGGGAAGGCUUAAUUCUAGCUUGGAACUUGGUUUUCCCAAUUUUUUCUUGAAAUUGACUAUCUUCAGGUAUAUAAUUUUCUAACUAAUCAUUCACAAAUCCUGCCAUGUUACAACACUUUGGUUUUGAUUGCAGGAAAUUACUUGGUACGAACUGACAUAUUUUUGUGAAGCAUAUAUGCAGAGAAGCCAAUAGGUGUGCUGAUCACUUAGCUCCAUUGGGCAGCCAACUUUUGUACCCCUUUUGUAUCCCAUAGUUUUGACUAUCUUUAGGACACUCAAACAAUUAGCUACUUUUAAGCUUGUUUGAACAGUUUAUUAGGUAUUACUUUUUUACUUCCUCUACUUUGAUCUAAUAUAAUGAUUGUGUCCUCCUAUCCUA